ACAGUGCCAUUGAUGCAGCUAUCUCGCGACUCUUUUACCUGUACGUAUAUACAUACAAAUAUAUAUAUAUGUUGGUGCAUGUUUACAGUAUAUAGGUGAACGCGUUCCGCAAGCGCGCGUUAGUUGUACCUACACCACCGAGUAGUAUACAAGUGCCGCUUAGUUGCUCUCUGCAGCUGCUGUUGCCGUUAAAGUAUACACAUAUAUAUUUAAUAUUGUCGUGCGGUGCUCGUCAACGUUUCCAUACAAAAGGAGUUUCCACGAGCAGCUAUACAUUAUAAUACCUACCAUCGCAGCUCCGAUUUCAAUUGGAUUUCCUCUCAACUGCCCAACAAAACUCCAAGUCUUUCCCGACAAGAUUGGAGAGAAGCCAUGGCACCAAAUAUUACGAGUGCACCGACAGGUGUGCUUUUCGAGGGUGAAAAUCCGGAUGAAACUCAAAGACCUGAAUUGGUUAAUGGGAAAAUCAUAAACGAAAAAAAGGAGUACAAAUUGCAACUUGUUUGGAGGAAUAUCAUUCUUUUCGCUGUACUUCACACUGGAGCUCUUUAUGGUGUUUACCUCGCGUUUACAUCAGCUAAAAUAGCCACAACGAUAUUCGCGUUUUUACUCUAUCAAAUCAGUGGCUUUGGCAUUACAGCUGGUGCACAUAGACUUUGGGCUCACAGGUCGUACAAAGCAACUUGGCAACUUCGAUUGCUCCUCGUCAUCUUCAAUACGCUGGCAUUUCAGGAUUCAGCCAUUGAUUGGGCUAGAGAUCACCGGAUGCACCAUAAAUACAGCGAAACAGAUGCUGAUCCACACAACGCAACAAGAGGCUUCUUUUUUUCGCAUGUUGGCUGGUUGCUUUGCCGUAAGCAUCCUCAAGUUAGAGAAAAAGGCAAAGGCCUUGAUAUGUCUGACCUUUACAGCGAUCCCAUCCUCCACUUUCAAAAAAAAUACUACAUCUAUCUCAUGCCGAUAGUGUGCUUCGUUAUCCCAAUGCUGAUUCCUGUCUACCUUUGGAAUGAAACAUGGACCAAUGCUUACUUUAUACCAACGAUUCUCCGAUAUACGUUUACGCUUAAUAUGACGUGGUUGGUCAACUCUGCGGCUCAUCUGUUUGGAAAUAAACCGUAUGAUAAAUUUAUUAACCCUGCGCAAAAUAGAGGCGUUGCGAUAUUUGCUCUUGGUGAGGGAUGGCACAACUAUCAUCACGUUUUUCCCUGGGAUUAUAAAACUUCUGAACUCGGUACCUACGGUUUCAACUUCACGACUGCUUUUAUCGACUUCUUCUCACGCAUCGGUUGGGCCUAUGAUCUCAAAACAGUUUCCAUGGAUAUGGUGAAAAAACGAGUAGAGCGAACGGGCGAUGGCAGUCACGAACUCUGGGGUUGGGGCGACAAAGAUCAAACGCAAGAAGAUCGUGAAUCAGCCGUGAUAAUAAAUCACAAAGAUCAGUAGGUACAAACUGCCGUUAGCCAUGUAAAUUCCUUGUUUGUGACCGUUCGACACAAAAAAUCGACUGAAUUUACGUAUUCACAUGAGCUUUACUCUUGAACAAGAAAUUGUUUGGAAUUUUUUACCACUCAAACUGUUAAACCCAUUACAUCAUUUAAUAACAUUA